AUGGACAGCUCGCUGGAAAAUACAACUAUUUCUUUAUCCAAAUGUUCUUUAGAGUCAGAACUUACUGAAGGUGGAAGAGAGAACAGCAUUAGAUCUUCUAGUGAUUUCCUACAAAGUUUUAAAGACUGGGAUUGUUUUGAUGAUGAGCAAGAUUCUUUUUGUGAUUCAAGUGCUCUAGAAAUAGAAGAAAAGACCAUUAAUUGCUCUGAAACUGAUGCAAUUCAAAAUACAGCUAUAUAUGUGGAAACAGGCAGCACCUUACCAUCCCAUUUGACUGCAAAUAGACGAGAAAAUAGUGACCAAAAUAUUACCAAUGGUUUGGUAAGGAAAAUUGUGAGUGGAACUGAUGCUCAAGCGUGCAAUAGUCAAGGCUUAAUACCACCUCACAUCAGUCAAAUUUAUGAUGAAUUAUUUGUCAUACAUCAGAAGCUCCAGAGAGAAAGUUCAGCACAGCAGGAGUAUGCUCUGCAACUCCAGAAACGAGAGCAUUUUCUAACAGAGCUAGAAGUAUUGCUUUUUAGACAUGAAGCAGCUUUGGCAAAAAUAAGAGGUGUUGAGGAAGAAGUUCACAUAAAAUUUGGAAUUAUAAAAGAGCAACACGAGGCAGAAGUUAAACAGCUGACAGAAGCCUUGAGAGAAAUAACUAAAGAAAAUAGAAGGCUAAAGUCGUCAUUUGACACCUUGAAGGAAAUGAAUGACUCUUUAAGAAAACAGUUAAGUGAUGUGACUGAGCUGAACAAGAAGUUGGAAGGUCAAGCAAGAAAAGUACAAGCUCGUUUAGAGAAUCUACAAAGGAAGCAUGAAUUUUUAAUGGUACAGAAGUCUAAGGAUAUAUGUCAAGUGGUGCAACAAAGUAAACCUGUCAAGCAGGAAAAAGUGAUGGUAACAUCAAAAAUUGCUAAGCUACCAUUGAAUUCACAAGUUUAUGAGCUCUUAACUUUUCUUAUGGAUUGGAUCUCAGACCAGCACCUUAGCAAAAUAAAAAUACAAGAAGAAAGAGAGGACAGCCAUAAACUUCUGGCUACGCAGACCUCCAAAAAAACCUGCACCCAGGAAAGGUGUAUGAAGCUUUUGCCUAUGGCUACUGAGCAACUCCAGUGGAUGCCAUUUGUGAAACCUAAACUACACAUGCCUGUGAUUAAAUGUAUUUACUGGUCUAUAAGACAGCUAGACAGUGGUAUUCAGCAUGCAACAAUGACAUCAACAAUGAGGAGACUUGGCGAAGAUAUUUUCAAAGGCAUAGUAAGUAAGGGAAACCCAUAUAAUUCUUCUGAAGAGCCUACAGAGAGUAAAUCAAAAUCGGCAGCUUUCUUUAAGAGCUCCUGUAUGCCUUUGAGGUUUCUGUCAACUUUAAUUGUGCUUAGAACAGUGACACAAG